UACCCGUGCACGUCGCCGGGAGCCGAAUGCACAAACGAAAUAAAAACAUUAAAGCCAGGAUAUUGGUGGGACAUGAAGAAUGAAACGAUUGAAUUAUACGGCGCCUUUGCACGAAAUCUUCGAAUAGAAAACAGCAGCUAUGAGAUCGCUGCUUAUGCUGAAAAAGCGUUACCUUCGAUUUACAAAUGUCGCGCGGAGAAGGCGUGCUCUGGUCAGGAAGGCAAUCCUGCAAACUCCAUCUGCUCUAAAGGAUCUUAUGGACCUUUGUGUGAACUGUGUCAUGAUAACUAUUUUCUCACCACAAGCGGAUGCUCACGUUGCCCUGCCAAAUGGCGUGUGGUGCUGCAAUUUGUUGCAAUUGUCGUCUCUGUUUUGUUACUAGGAGGUUAUCUGAGUUGGAAACAAACUACAGCAAGUCAAAAAAGCGACGAGUCACAAAACGAGUCCCUCGAUAACGAUAAGAAAACGGGCACUUGGCUUGACAGGUUGAUUGCAGCGGUGAGAAUUGGAAUUGGAUUUAUUCAGGUUAUCAAUGGAAUCACGAUGGCUCUGAUGUUUGUUCCUUGGCCAUCGGGUAUGGAAACGAUCAGCAGACACUUGGCUGCAAUCGAAUUUAAUCUACUCGAGGUCGUCAAUCCUGUUUGUAUCAGCAGCCGACUUAGACUCGAUCAUCUCUGGAAGACUGUGGCUUUAGUAAGCAUCGUAUCUGGUUUGAUCUUAGCAAUUGCAAUUGCUUACUGGGCAUGGAAGGCGCAUAUGGCACGGAAAAAACAUUUCGUUACGUUUGAGUUGCAUCGGGUGGCUCUGCAGUUGUGUUUUAAUGCUACAAUUUGGAUCAUCUUUGUUUCCUAUCCGGCAUUAGCUCAGUAUAUUAUCGCCACGAUUCCGUAUCGACUUUAUUCUUGCAUUUCUCUCAAUUGUACUCAAAUGAGCGUGAGCAGAGAAAAAUCCGAUAGUCCAGUCUGCCAAUGGUACUUGAAGACAGAUGUGUCUUUGACUUGCGACUUCUCUGGUGCUCUGUGGAAGGUUUGCAACUCGUUUCUUGUUCUAGUUGUAGGUAUCCCUGUCGUCAUUUUAGUUCUUCUUUACAUGAAACACCGUAACGGUUGCGGUUUACAAAGACCACAAGGCCCUCUCGUGCUUGCUCUGUUUUCUUCAUUGACGUUCUUAGAUGGAAGCUAUAAGCCCAAGUUUUGGUACUGGGAAGUGCUGGAAAUGUUUCGUAAGCUGCUUCUCACUUCUGGAUUACAAUUUUUUGGAAAAGACGGCACAAUGGAGUUGGCCAUCGCUUCUAUUAUUGCUGUCGUGUUUGCCAUUCUGCACGCUCAUUUCAGACCUAUGAAGAAAAGUUUCAAGUGGCAGAAUUACCUGCAGCUCUUUUCUCUGUCGAUAAUUGCUCUCAAUGUAAUGCUAGGCGUGCUGAAAAUGAUCGAUUCGAGAGACGCUGCAGGUGAUGUCGAUGCCGGUGACAAAGUUCUUUUCUCGGUUUUAUUCUACUUCGUCAACGGAUUGUUCGUGCUACUAUUUAUCGUGGACGUCUUUCUCAGCAUUUGUUCAGCUAUGAGUCAGACAUUUUGUUACGGUUCUCGUUGUUCCUUUAGAUGGAAAACUAAGAAUUAUCAAGAAAACGGUGUAAACGGCAAUGGUGACGCAACUCAACCUCUUCUUUAUAAUUUCUAACAGAAGCUGCAAAAGUAGAUAAAUGUGACUGAAACAAACAUUUAGAAAUAGUGUAAGAAUGCUUGUUAUUGUCACAAUAUUUAGAAAUAUAAUACAGAUGGCAGUAGUAAGAGUAAUUGAAGGGUUAACGGUUUUAAUUUAUUAUUUCCA